UUUUUCUACCAAUUAAGCCAUUGGACCAGUUCUCUCCUCAUUGCUUUCCCCAGCAGCAGUGGCCGAUACGAAUUCGAUCAUAUUCAGACCGAAUAGGAAGAACAUGGAACAAGAAGCGGCGGAAACGCUAAUUCAGGCUGCGAGGUCAGAUGGGUCGGAGCCGGCGUCAGUGAACCGCGCCAGGAGGCUGCUGUUCCGGCGAAUGCUAGUUGGGAUAAGAGACGGCCGGUUUUUCUUGGGCACCUUUCACUGCAUCGACAAGCAAGGCAACAUCAUACUCCAGGACGCAGUGGAGUAUCGGAGCACGCGGCGGUCCUCCCCGUCUCCGAUGGAGCAGCGGUGCCUCGGUCUGAUUCUAAUCCCUUCUUCUUGCCGUGCUUCUUGUCACGUUGGCUGCUCUGUCGAAGAACAAUUGUCUCUGCUUUCCUUCUAGAACCAAACAUGUUUUUACACAAUAUGGUUUUGUACGAUGAUGUUUGUAUUCACGUCUUUGACAAGACGAUAUUCGAAACUACUCUGAUCUGCGGUGUGCGAACACGGGUUCGAUUUUAUAAAUGAUAGAAACUGUUUUGCUUAGAACUUGCAUUGUAUGUGUGGCUAGGCAAUCCUUGUAUGAAUUCGAUUUUCUUCGAAGAUCGAUGUUUUCGUGGAGAAUUUCUUGAACAGAUUGGCAUGAAGCAUUCUAAUGUCUGGUGAUGUCUGCUUUUUGUUAA